GCCCGACAACCCAUUAGGCCGUGUCGGCGUUACCGGCAGCGGAAAAGGAAUGACGGAAGUGGCGAUUCGAGGCAAGCAUAAAUUUGCUCCAACCGACGAACCAAAUGCGUAGAUGGCGCAGUCAGGGUCCUCUCCUCCAUAAGUAUGUAUGUAUCGUACUCAUCGCCUCGGAAGCGAGGGGUGUCAUGAUUCGUGUGAUGCUAAUUGUCCGUCAACAGCUCGAACUUGACGUCGUCUUAUCAAACUAUACUAGAUGCCCGUUGAUGAUUCUGUGUUUCCCGUCAAUAGCAGGUUUCGCGGACAGAGACUGGUGUCAAUGACGCUUGCAGGUAUUGAUACCGAUAAUCUAUGUGAUGCAUUUCCCCUCUUCUACUUGUUAUCAGGAUCUCAUCACCGCUUUUCUUCUUUCUCGCCUUAUUUAUCAGAGACUUCGUUGCUGUCGGCACUUGCGAAGCCGAUGUCCGUUGGUGUAAUC